AGGUUUGAAACUUCUUUAUUAUAUAAACUUCACAUUUUUGAAGGAAAUGUUGAACCUUUUAAAUUAUCUGUUUCACAAUUCUUUCAGUUUUCCCUGCAAAAAGCCUCGGUUUUUCACAGGAACAGAUCAUCUGUUUCGAGUCUGCUCUUGGAUCAUUCACCAUCCUCUUCUUCAUUUUCCUUCUGUUUUGUGCCCUCGUAAAGGAAAAGCUGAAGGCUCUUCUUGAAUUCGACAUAAACAUAUUAGAAACUAAAUCAAAUAGGAAUUUGCAUGCCGUAAAAGUGUCUAAUGAACAGAAUGAGUACACUUCUGGUGAAAAAGAAUUGGACACAUCUAUAAGCAAAUUAAUAUGCAAUAAAUUUGGGAAAUGUGUUGUAGUGAUUGCAACAGCAAUUGUAAUCUUCUUAUAUAUGUUCGAUCUCUUCCAAGAUUCGUUCAUGGUUUACUAUUAUUUGGAGCAUGGGGAGAAAGUAACCGCUCUUAUAAAUUUGGCUUUAACCAUAAUUCCGAUAAUUCUGUCAUAUUUUCUGGUGCUUUAUCAUCUAUUCUACCACGUGGAUCCAUCAAAUAAACGCCGGCGAUUAAUGCUUGUACUGCUUGCAUGUUUUCCAUUUCUAAAAAGCUGCAUAUUAUUCUGGACAAUUCGAAUGGGUUGGAAACGCUGGAGAACGAGAUGGUAUUUACAAGCUUUGACGUUCCUUUGGCUGACUGAGGCUGCGCUGGAGGGCAUUCCUCAGACGAUUCUAUUGUGGUUUAUGAAAUAUAAAAAUAAAGAUCUUAACAUCGAUUUGUACAACACACAGGAUAUUUCUCUAGUCAUUAAUUUUGUGUCCUCCCUUCUAAGUGUAUUUUUUGCCACGAAGUACCUUAAUAAAGACGAAGACCGAAGACUGGAACAUACCAAAAGAACUCUUGAAACAUCCUACAAAAAUAAAUGUGUAUCUUUUUGGCGUAAAAUUGCUUAUUCACUUGCUCUGUUGUUUGAAAGAGGUAUUGAAAUUUUUAUUCGAAUCGUUAUGUUUGGUACAUUUGCAUCGGUUGUUGGGUGGAAGCCGGCUUUAUAUGUUUUCAUAGGCCAUGUUAUCAUUUCUAUAAUCUUAACCAUACUUUGCUUUCGAAAACUCAAACAAAAACAUAUUUUUUACGAAAACUGUACAAAGAAACCUUGUUUUAUAUCAAGUCUAUUAGUUGGUGUUGUUGCAAACAUAUUUUUCUGUCAUUCGUGGGCAUUCUGUCAUAUUUUGUCGAGAAAAGUGGUAUAUAUACUUUACUUUGUUUUGUUUUACGCCACUUCUAUUUCUCUUAUUGUAUCAUCCAAUGUAAUUUCUGGUGUCGUGGAUAAUUUUUCAAUAGGGUUAUAUGCAGCCAUUGCUUUUCAGCUUAUAUUUAUUGCCCUGUGUUUUCUUUUAAGAGAAUGUAAAAGAAAAAAAUUGUUACAGACAUAAAUAGAUAUC